AUGCCUUACGAACGUCUUGUUCAAGUAGGUCGUGUUGCCUACAUUGCUUAUGGUCCGGAGAAAGGCAAACUCUGCUGUAUAACGAACAUCGUUGAUCAGACCCGCGUUCUUGUUGAUGGUCCAUCAUCGCACGUACGUCGCCAAGCAUUGAACAUUAAAGCAUUACAUUUGACUAAAUACGUUCUCAAACUUUUACCUGGAGCACGCUCAAAAACUGUCAAAACUGUUUGGGAUAAAAAUGAUGUCAACAAAAAAUGGCAAGAAACACGUUGGUUUAAGAAAUUACAAGCCAAACAUUUACGCGCCAAAAUGACUGACUUCGAUCGAUUCAAAUUGGUACAUGCAAAACAAGCUUACAAUCGUAUUGUAGCUGAUGAAUAUAACCGAUUGAAAAAGAAGAGCAAGGCCCAAUUAGCAGCUAAGACCAAGAAGAGCAAACGUCGCACAUUCGUUGCUAAAUCGAAACGUUUCGCCAAUAAAUUCAAGAUUUUUGCUGCUCCUGCUGCUGCUGGCAAAAAGAAAUAA